CUCGCCGGCCAGCCGAGGCUCCUCCCGGGCAGGAUCUGAGCUCACGGCGGCGGCGGAUGCAAUCGCAUCCCGGCAGGAGGAGGAGGAAGCCGGGCCGGGCCGGUCACAUGAAGAGCCCGUGACCCGCCCGGCGCUGGAGCCGGUCCGGCCGAAGCUCCAUGUCGCCUCCCGGGGCUGCUGCAAAGGACGCGGCCAGGUCGGUGCGAGGCGGGGGGCCCAGGACGCCUGGGUCCCUCCGCGUGGGGGUGGGGUUGCAAAGAAGCGGGGGCCCCACCCACCCCCGGGGGAUGGAGCCAGGACGCCUGGGUUCUUCGGGAGAGAGGGGGCGGGGAGGAGAAGGGCUGGGAGGGAGAGCUGAGGCUGGCUCGGACUCCUGGGUCCCUGUGAGGAUCGGGUCCCCGUCUCAGCAUCACCGUUCCGCCCCUGGGGCUGAUAAGGGGUCCCGCUGCGCCCCUGGGCUUGAUGGGAAAAUCUCUGCUCUCAGGAUGCCCUUCCCAAAUCUCUCCCCCCCCCCCCAGCUUGGUAAACUGGAAUCCCACGAGAUUAAGGGGGGGUUUAGGAGGGGAUCACUCCUGAUCUAGAGUCAUGGAUGCUUUUUAGCACAUCUCUUUUGGGGGGGGUGUUACAAAUUAUUACCCGGUUUUCCUGUCCUCCCUCGUAUCAUUUUUUUAACGGGAGUUGGCUGAACGCCACUCUCCCCACCCUCCUUAAAAAAAUUUAACCCACUGUUAUUAUGACUAUUUUAUUAAUAUGCUGUAUGUUAUGCUAUUCGUUGUUAUGCCGCAUAAACUACAUUCUUAAUAUUGGGAUCUUUGGAUAAAGGGCAGUGUAUGAUCAAUUGCCAACCUAGCAGUUCGAAAGCACACCAGUGCAAGUAGGUAAAUAGGUACCACUCCGGCGGGAAGGUGAACAGUGUUUCCAUGCGCUGCUCUGGUUCGCCAGAAGCGGCUUAGUCCUGCUGGCCACAUGACCCGCAAGCUGUACGCCGGCUCCCAUGGUCAAUAAAGCGAGAUGAGCGCCGCAACCCCAGAGUCGGCCACAACUGGACCUACCGCUCAGGGGUCCCUUUACCUUUAUAUCAAUUGAACAAAUAAUAAUAAUAACUUAUUUUUCUCAUGGUUGUGCAAUAAUAGACACAUGGGCUCCUCUGAGCAUGCACCGAAUUCCUUAUUCGGAAGGUGGUGGGCUCCCCUUCCUCGGAGGUCAGAUGGCCACCUGUCAGGGGUUCUUCAGCUGAGAUUCCUUCAUUGCGGGGGGUUAGGGUUGGGCUGGAUGACCUUUGGGGGCCCCUCAACAACAAAGCUAUGAUUCUGUGCUCACCGCUGAAUGGUCCCAAAGAGGAUCCAUGAAGAGAGCUUGCUUCCAUGCCAGUGGGUCAUGAGGCCCAGCAGCCCUGGUUCUCCCCAGCCCCCCCCCCCCCAGGAUCCUCCCUGAUCCAGCACCUACCCCCGCCCAACACACCUUUCUUUGAGGAACAGGCCUGUGUAGUUCAGGGGCAGAGCUCCUGCUUGGUAUGCAGAGUUAACCUAUGGAACUCACUUCCACAGGACGGAAGCAGGGGUGGUCACUGACCUGCAUGGCUUUAAAAUGGGGUUUGGCAAAUUCGCGGAGGAGCAGAGGGCUCUUGGCCUCGGAUCCAUAGAAUCUUAGGAUUGUUGAGUUAGGGUCACCUAGUCCAACCCCCCUGCAGUGCAGGAAACUUUUGCCGUACCCGGAACUCGAACCCAAGUCCCUGGGAUUAAGAGUCUCAUGCUAUACCGAUUAAUCCGUUCCAGAUUUUUGAAAACAGCAGUCCAACAUGAAUUUUAUUCUCUUACGAGACCAUUGAUCCAUAAAAUGAAAGCAAUAAUCAGUGUACUGUACUAUAAAAUAAACAAGGCAGUAUUGGAGAUGACAGAAAUUAAAAUUAUUAUUUUUUCCUUACCUGCGCGGAUGAUAGUCAUCGUUUGGAUGGGGGGCUUUUAUCCAUUUCCGCCGUCACACACAAUCAAUCUAUCGCUAGCCAAACUGGGCUCCACACAAUCGCAAAAAACAAAUUAACCAGAAAAGCCUCAAAAAACAAAAACGCAAAAUAAACAACAAAAACAAAAGCGCCAAACUUAAUCCGUCCUGGGAGUCCACUUGACUUCCGAAAUGUUCGAAAACCAAGGCAGGUGCAGCCGCCCCGGAAACACAGUAGCUGACAGCCUCAUCGGACAUCCAGUUUUUGAAAAACGGAACUGGGUUUUUGGCUUUGGGGAACCAAUGUACCACUGUAAUGCACAUCUGGUUGGCUCAUGUGAGAAGAGGAUGCUGGACUAAGAUGGGCCAUUGGCAAGAAAUUUCUCGCAUAUGUGGUGGACAUGUUCCAAGAUUAAAGCCUUUUGGGAUACCAUAUAUAAUGAAUUGAAAAAGAUAUUUAAGUAUAAUUUCAGCAAAAAAACAGAGGCUUUCCUGUUGGGGUUAAUUGAGGAAAUACAAAUGAAAGAUGUAAAUUUGUUCAUGCGUGCAACAACGGCCGCAAGAAUACUCCUGGCCCAGAAAUGGAAGCAACAAGAAUUCCCCACAUUGGAAGAUUGGCAAGUAAAUACGUGGAGCUGGCGAAGCUGACGGGGAAGAUUCGGAAUGGCUGUGAUGAUUUGUUCCAAAAGGACUGGGGCAAAUUUAUACUCUAUAUGAAAGAAAAUUGCAAACAGUUGGAUACGUUUGUAGGUUUAAGUUGAAAUGUUUGGUGGUAAUGGGAAAUUAAGGAGCUGAUUUACUGAUAAGUAGGCGAUUGUUAAAAGAUUGAUUUAAGGUAAAAAAGUGAAUUUUAGGAACGUGGAGAAAUUGGUAAUGAGAUAUGGAGGUCUGUUGGAGGGAAGGAAGGAGGCCGAUGCUUUAUUUAAGCAAUGUCUUAAGCCAUGAAUUAUUAUUUUUUGAGAUUGAAAUGUAAUAAAAUAUGGAAAACUUAAUAAAAAUUAUAUUAAAAAUAAUAAUAAAAUGGGCCAUUGGUCUGAUUCAGCGAUUGGAGCUGAUGAUUACAACUGCUGCAGCUAAUCUCUCUCUCUCCCCCCCCCCCCAAUCUUCCUGUUUUCUGCCCCCCUAGAUAAACCGGGGAGCUUGCGGCCCCCCCAGGCCAUGUCUACAGAGAGCUCCCCUCUGCUCAGCUACCGGCUCUUCCAGGUCUCUAGCGAGGGCGAGAUGCCAGGGGGCGGCCAGGAAGAGGCCCCCCUGGUGGUGGGGGUGGCGGGGUCAGCCACGGGGAGCUCCCACCAUGACCCGGCCCGGCAGCUGUCGACGUUCUUCGGGGUCAUCGUCCCCACGGUCCUCUCCAUGUUCAGCAUUGUGGUCUUCAUGCGUGUGGGUGAGUCGGGCUCUGGGUUCGAGAGGCACCAAGGUGGCUGUCCUUCUCUGCACCCCCCCCUUUUAUAAAAAAACCCCAAAACCUGACCUUGAUCCGUGUCUCCACGCAGGGUUUGUCAUCGGCCACGCAGGCUUCCUGCAGUCUCUCCUUAUGUUGGUGGUGGCCUAUGUCAUCAUUUCCUUGACCGUCCUGUCCGUCUGCGCCAUCUCCACCAAUGGAGCGGUCCAGGCAGGCGGGGCUUACUGUAUCCUUUUUGGGGGGGGCAAUUCGACGCACUUUGGUUGCUCUUGGAUGGAGCAAGGGGGGAGAGUGGGCGGGUGGGAGGAAGCAAAAAAUAAUAAUUUUUUAAAUAAUAUUUUAAUUUUUUUUACCAAGUACCAAAACACAAGCAGUGAAACCCCACAGGCAGCUGAUACAUUGGGUAUAAAUAUUCAAUAAUAUACAUAUAAAUUCAAUAAUAUACAUAAUAUACAUAAUAUACAUAUUGAAUAAUCAUAUUCAAUAAUAUCAUAUUCAGAUCAACCAUAUGUACACUUCUAUAUACCUUAACACUGCUCCCUCCACAAGGUUUAUUUAACUUUUUAACAUUUUAAUUGCCCCAAAUUGUUCAAACCUGCCCAAAUAAUUCAGUAUCUUCUCAAACCAAUCCUCCUCUUUCUCACUGGCCUUAAGCCCUUUCAUUCUAUGUAUCUUCACAGUCAGGUAUUCUAAAACUAUAAUCUUAUUCAGUUUUUUCCUCCAUUGGUUCGCCCCUAGCAGUUCUGCAUUUUCCCAAUUACUCGCUAUAACCUGCCUGGCUGCAAUUACCAUCACUUUUACCCAUUUACAUUCCUCUUUUGUUUUUUUUCCCAUCUAUUCACGCGACACACAGUUAAACUAUGGAACUCCCUGCCACAGGAGGCAGCAAUGGCCACCAACCUGGAGGGCUUUAGGAUUGGGGGAAUUAAUGGAGGAGGAGAGGAGCUGUCGGUGGCUAGUGUCCAGGAUUUCUCUAUGCCAGGCAUAGGCAAACUCAGCCCUCCGGAUGUUUUGGGACUACAAUUCCCAUCAUCCCUGGCCACUGGUCCUGUUAGCUAGGGAUGAUGGGAGUUGUCGUCCCAAAACAUCUGGAGGGCCGAGGUUGAGGAAGCCUGGUCUACGCUCUGCCUCCACUUAUCUGUGAGAACAGGAUGCUGGAGUAGAUGGGCCUGAUCCCGCAAGGAUUUAAAGAACUGGCAAGCUUUUUCCAAGCUCCCAAAGGAGGUGCAUGUCGCUCUGAAACUCUUGGGACUUUGAUAAAGGUCCUGUUCUUUCUGCCCCCCCCCCCCCCCGGAACUUGCUCCAACUCUGACCAUCCCAGAAAGAGGCCCUUGAAUUGUGGCCCGAAUGGAGUCGGCCCUCGCUAGUUCCUGCUCCAUGCCGCCUGGUAAUUUGAGGUAGACUUCCCCUGUACAUGGAGGCUCCACAGCUAUGCUCAUCCUCCGUGAGUUUGGGAGGGUGGCGGUUCCUCAACUUCUCCUCUUUCAAAACUUUGCCUUAACUGACAACCUUCCCCCCCCCCAACCCGGCCGCUUUCAGUCAUGAUCAGUCGGACCCUGGGCCCCGAAUUUGGCGGCAGCAUCGGGCUCAUGUUCUACCUGGCCAACGUCUGCGCUUGCGGCGUCUAUGUCCUUGGGCUGGUGGAAGCCAUUCUGGACGACUUCGGAGCAGGUGGGUGUCAAGACGAGCGAGGGGUGUUUACCGUAUUUUCUGCUCCGUAAAACGCACCUGGCCAUAAGAUGUGCGUAGUUUUUAGAGGGGGAAUGCAAGGGGGGGGGGGAUUCUUUAAAGGGAGCGCUGAACAGAGUCUGUCUGCAUCCCAGGCUCUGCUCAGGGCUCCCUUUCACGAGCUGCGAGAAGCGUGUGUGCGGCGCUUGCAGGCUUUUCCCCAAGGAGGAAAAGGGAGUGCGGCUAUCCCAGGCUUUUGCCUGGAGGCUUCCCGUGCCCUGAAGAGGCUUUGCACAGCUAAGCCAGAAGCUAGAACAGCAAGAGGGAGCGCUGCACAGCGUUCCCUCUCACUGUUCUGGCUUCUGGGAUAGCCGCGCAGCCGGCAUUCACUCCAUAAGACGCACACACAUUUCCCCUUCCUUUUUAGGAGGGAAAAAGUGCGUCUUAUAGAGCGAAAAAUACAGUGUUUAUGUCGUGCAAUUUAUAUUCUGCCUGAUUGGCGGGGGAAAGAAACAACCUCAAGGCAGUUUACGAAAUAGCAAAACGACGAGAUUAUCAGCUGAAAUUCCUGCAUCGCAGGGGGUUGGUCUGGAUGACCUUUGGGGGACCCCCCUUCCGAAUCCACAGUUCUGUGAUUCUGUGAUUCCUAACCUCCCUUCCCCAACGCCUGCAGACGGAUCCGACCCUCCCGGGGCAAAGGCUCUCCCCCAGGGCUACCUGUACAGCUUCCUCUACGGCUCGGUUGUCCUCCUGGUCUGCCUCCUGGUCUGCCUGGUGGGGUCCCACAUCUACUCCCGGGCAGCCUUCUUCAUCUUCCUGGUGGUCAACGCUGUCCUCAUCACCAUCUUCGCCAGCUUCUUUGCUGUGUCGCCUCGGGAGAUCGCGGUCUCCCGGGACGGGAACCAUAGCUUCAAUGCCUCCUUCACCGGGUUCAACGUCUCCACGCUCAGGGACAACAUGUAUGGUAAGUCUGCGGCGGGUGCGGAACGACCGAGGGAGGAGGCCCAGAGCAGAACUUCGCCAAACGGGCGAAUGUACAGAGAGCUAAAAGCAAAAAGGAAACAAAUAGAAACGCCUGCAAACUUUCUGAGCAACCGGGCAGGCGGAAUGCUCUCCACAGAUGCCAAAAGGAUGAUAAUUAUUAUUAUUAUUAUUAUUAUUAUUAUUAUUAUUAUUUUAUUAUUAUUUUAUUAUUAUUUUAUUAUUAUUUAUACCCUGCCCAUCUGGCUGGGUUUCCCAGGCCAUUUUGGGCGGCUCCCAACAGAAUAUUAAAAACACAAUAAAACAUCUAACAUUAAAAACUUCCCAAAACAGGGCUGCCUUCAGAUGUCUUCUAAAAGUCGGAUAGUUGUUUAUUUCCUUGACAUCUGCUGGGAGGGCAUUCCACAGGGCGGGCACCACCACCGAGAAGGCCCUCUGCCUGGUUCCCUGUAACUUGGCUUCUCGCAGGGAGGGAACCGCCAGAAGGCCCUCGGAGCUGGACCUCAGUGUCCGGGCAGAACGAUGGAGGUGGAGAUGCUCCUUCAGAUAUACUGGACUGAGGCCAUUUAGGGCUUUCAAGGUCAGCACCAACACUUUGAAUGGUGCUCAGAAACAUCCUGGGAGCCAAUGUAGGUCUUUCAAGACCGGUGUUAUAUGGUCUUGGCGGCCGCUCCCAGCUCCCAGUUCCCAGUCCAGCUGCCGCAUUCUGGAUUAGUUGCAGUUUCCGGGUCACCUUCAAAGGUAGCCCCACAUAGAGCACAUCGCAGUAGUCCAAGCGGGAGAUAACCAGAGCAUGCACCACUCUGGCAAGACAGUCUGCGGACAGGUAGGAAAGGAAUGCAGCGAAGGCCCCUGCCUGAUAUCAAUGGGUAGGGAGUUCCACAGUGUCGGUGCCGCCACACUAAAUGCCCAGGUUCUUGCAGAUGCGGUGAGGGCACUGUGUGGCACAGGUGAAAGUGCCAGUCUCACUGAUCGAAGCAGUUGUGCGGGCGCAUACAUUGUGUGUGUGUGUCUCCUACGAACAUGCUUAUCUCCCUUCGCAGCCAUGUACUCUCGCGAUUACACCACCAACAACAUCAUGUCCUUCGCCACUGUCUUCGCCGUCAUGUUCAACGGCUGCACGGGCAUCAUGGCCGGGUCCAACAUGUCAGGUGAGGUUUUCGGAGGGUGGGCCGGGGCGAGGGGGGCAGCAGGAGGUGGGUUUUAGGGGCGCAUGCCCUCCUUUCUCGUGGCCGGGGGGUGGCGCUUGGGACCCUGCGCCCAUUUUGCAGGGAGAGCCUUUUUUAAAAAUGUAGUUUUGUUAAUUUCCAAUCUGUGACAAAAACGAGAGGGGUGGGGAAUGCAAAAACAAAAUCCCAACUUGCCUCAAAGCAGCAGCUGUUUUCACCUCUCUCUUUUUUUAAAAAUAGGGGAACUCAAAAAUGCCAGCAGCUCCAUCCCGAAAGGGACCAUCAUUGCCGUGGUCUACACGUUUGUCAUCUAUUUCCUUCUCUUCUUCAUGACCAGCUUCACCUGCGAGAGGUGGGUGGUAGUUUAUUUGCAAAUCGGCUUCAGUGGGUUUCAACGAUCAAGCGGCGUAUGGACUUUGUGAAAUGAAAUAAAGCAAAUAAAUAUUUUGCUAGGGGCAGGCCUUCCCCAACAAAUGACAAAUGCCCCCUCCCUUUACACCUCACUGACCUCCUCCCCUAUCUCCCACACAGCUCACCCCAAGCCCCUCCCUUCCUCCCAAGCCCCACCCCUUUUCAGGAGUGGGAGGAGCUUCACAGAGCCUCCCCUCCCUCCCCAUUAAACAGCUUGCUUGGGCCUGCCUGCUGGCCUUGUGCCAACUGCAGAGCGUGACGACACCCUUCAUUUCUAUAUAUAUAGGAAGAAAUUCCUGGCCCGACUGCACUGCCGGCCAAUUAGGUUUCAAAGUGCUGGUUUUGACCUAUAAAGCCUUAAAUGGCUCGGGGCCGCAAUACCCCAAGGACUGCCUCUCCCCAUAUGAACUGACCCAGACCCUGAGAUCAUCUUCUGAGGACAUCCUUCGUAUGUCUCCCCUAUGAGAGGUCCGGGGGGUAGCAACAAAAGAAGAGGCCUUAUCUGUGGUGGCUCCCCGUUUGUCGAAUGCUCUCCCUGGGGAGGUUUUGCUGGCAGCUUCAUUAUAUAUCUUUAGGCGCCCUUCAACCAUGACUUUUUAAGUGUGUUUGUGGGAGGGCGGGAUAUCGUUUUGUUUGUGUUUUAUUGUGAAUUUUGCAUCCUCAUUUUGUAUUUUUAUGUUGUGAACUGCACUGUGAUCUUCAGGUGAAGGGUGCUAUACAAAUUUAAUAAAUAAUAUUUGUUAAUAAAUAAUCGGUUUAAAACCAACCAUUUAAAACAUUUUUUUAAAUUAAAUCAACGGUAAGCUUGAACACCAGAUUGAACUUCUAGGUUGGCUUCCCUGAAGAGAAAUGUUUUUAGCAGGCGCCGAAAAUAGAAUUCAGUGAAGGCGCUUGCCUGGUGUCAAUUGGCAGGGAGUUCCAAAGUCUAAGUGAAAGUUUGAUUUCUUACAAAGGCGGAAUGGGCGUUGUGUGGCACUUGCAACGGCGCCAGUUCUGCUCUUGUGUUCUUACGUAUUGGACUACCCCGCAGGGCUCUGCUGAAGGGGGACUACGGCUUCUUCCGGGCUAUCAAUGUAUGGCCGCCCUUUGUGCUGAUCGGCAUCUACUCUGCGUCGCUCUCGGCAUCGAUGAGCAACCUCAUUGGCGCGUCGCGGAUCCUCCACGCCCUGGCAAAGGACGACCUGUUUGGUGAGUCCUUCCCCUCCAGAAAAAUCCCUUUACAUGAGUGCAGGGGGGACCCAUAGCUCUCCGGGUGCCGCUGCACUACAACUCCCACCGGGCGCUACAGUUCCCACCGUCGUCCCUGCCCGUUGGCCGUGGUGGCUGAGGGGAGUUGGGAGUCCAGAAAUAUAUGGAAAGGAUCCACAGGCAUUCCCUGCCUUGUCUCCCCAAGCCUGCCUUCCCUCGCCGAAGAUCCCAUUGUUGCCUUUUCACGGCAGGAAUUGUCCUUGCUCCGGCGAAGAUUGUUUCCAAAGGGGGCAACCCGUGGGUGGCCGUCCUCUACACCUGGGCGCUUGUGCAGGUACGUUCUCCUCUUUUCCUCCUUCCCCUUUCACCCUGUGCCGCUCAGGGGAACCCCAGAGCUGCUCUGUCCCGGACAACAUUGGAAAAUGAGAAAACAAGAAGGGCAUAGAUCAUGGGUAGGCAAACUAAGGCCUGGGGGCCAGAUAUUGCCCAAUCGCCUUCUAAAUCCGCCCCGCAGACAGUCUGAGAAUCAGUGUGUUUUUACAUGAGUAGAAUGUGCCCUUUUAUUUAAAAUGCAUCUCUGGGUUAUUUGUGGGGCAUAGGAAUUCGUUCAUUUUUAUUUUUAUUUUCCAAAAUAUAGUCCGCCCCCCCCACAAGGUCUGAGGGACAGUGGACCAGCCCCCUGCUGAAAAAGUUUGCUGACCCCUGGCAUAGAUGCUGAAGGGCAAGACAGGGGAGCAGCGGUCCUAGCUGCAGUUUCAUAGAUUCAUAGAAUCUAUCUUAGGAGGGACUCCGGGGAUCGUCGAGUCCAGCCCAUUUGCAAUGCAGGAAUCUGCAGCUAGUCAGUUAUCGAGUGAGGUGGCCUUUGAGCAAGGGAUUUUAAAAAUAUAUAAACUAGCCUGGAGCCCUCCAGGUGGUGUGGACUACAGCUACCAUCAGCUGCUGUUCGGAGUCGCAGUCCAAAGCAACUCGAUAUCAAUAAUAAUAUUAUAAUAAUUGAUUAUUUAUACCUCGCCCAUCUGGCUGGGUUUGCCCAGCCUCUCUGGGCGGCUCCCAGCAGAAUACAGUGGUACCUCGGGUUAUAUACGCUUCAGGUUACAUACGCUUCGGGUUACAGACUCCGCUAACCCAGAAAUAGUACCUCGGGUUAAGAACUUUGCUUCAGGAGGAGAACAGAAAUCAUGCUCCGACGGUGCAGCAGCAGCAGGAGGCCCCAUUAGCUAAAGUGGCACUUCAGGUUAAGAACGGACCUCCAGAACGAAUUAAGUACUUAACCCGAGGUACCACUGUAUUAUAAAAACAUGAUAAAACAUCAACGUUAAAAACUUUCCUAAACAUGGGUGGCUCCAGAGAUUGACUGGUAUGAUAGCAUCAUUUUUAUCCUGCCUUUUGCCGGCUCGCAGUUGUAAGAACGUAAGAGACCUGCGGGUACAGGGCGGUAUACAAAAUUAAUAAAUAAUAAUAAUAAUAAUAGCAGCAUUCUGGAUCAGGCCAGUGGCCCACCUAGUCCAGAGUCCUUUCCAGUGGGAAUGCCGUGAGCGGGACUCACAGCAAACGAUAAAAGAAUAAAUUGGUCUCGAGGACCCAGUGAACCCCAAUAAGUGAUGCCAGGAAGGGGGCACGGGCAGCGCCAGAGCCAGGACAGGGCUUCCCUGCCCCAUAGCUGCAGCCCCCUCGCUUCCUCUGCCGCCCUGACUCUUUUUCCGCUCGGUGUCUCUCCCAGCUGGUCCUCUUCGUCGGGAAGCUGAACACCAUCGCCAGCAUCGUCACCGUCUUCUACCUCGUGGCCUAUGCCGCCGUGGACCUGGCCUGCUUGGCGCUGGAGUGGGCCUCCGCCCCCAAUUUCCGGUGGGUGUGGUGUCCCGGGAGGGGGUGGAGCCAGGCCGCUUUGGGGAGAGGGGAGGGGCGAGGCAGCAAGUCGGCCUUUCUGAUGGUUACGCUGCUCUGAAACCGCAGUCACAACCUGAGUUGGGGGGUCCUGCCUCUGCCUGAGGGGUGCACUGCCUUUUUUUGGGGGGGGGGAGGGAUAUUCCGGUGGUGGGAGGGGCCAGAGGGCAGGGCAAUGGGUGUGCAUUUUGACAUUUGUAACAGACACGCUUGCGCACUCUUCCCGGUUCAGGCAAGCAAGAGGCAUCAUUGCAGCUCAAGGCCAGGUGUGCAAAGUAGGAAUAGAGAGGGGUGUGGCCUGGGUGGAGAAGGUGUGGCUGAGAAAGGGGUGUGGCCUGUGCUGAAAGGGGUGUGGUUGAGGGAGGGGCUGGCCUAGGUGGAGAGGGGUGUGGCCUGGAUGUUGAGGGUGUGGCCGAGGAAGGGGCAUGGCCUGGGUGGAGAAGGUGUGGCUGGGAAAGGGGUGUGGCCUUGUCUGAAAGGGGUGUGGUUGAGGGAGGGGAGUGGCCUAGGUAGAGGGGGUGUGGCCUGGAUGUUGAGGGUGUGGCCGAGGAAGGGGCGUGGCCUGGGUGGAGAAGAUGUGGCUGGGAAAGGGGUGUGGCCUGUGCUGAAAGGGGUGUGGUUGAGGGAGGGGCGUGGCCUAGGUGGAGAGGGGUAUGGCUGAGAAAGGGGUGUGGCCUUGUCUGAAAGGGGUGUGGUUGAGGGAGAAGCGUGGCCAGAGCAGAAAGGGGUGUGGCCAGGAUGUUGAGGGUGUGGCUGAGGAAGGGGCGUGGCCUAGGUGGAGAGGGGUGUGGCCUGGAUGUUGAGGGUGUGGCUGAGAAAGGGGUGUGGCCUUGUCUGAAAGGGGUGUGGUUGAGGGAGAAGCGUGGCCAGAGCAGAAAGGGGUGUGGCCAGGAUGUUGAGGGUGUGGCUGAGGAAGGGGCGUGGCCUAGGUGGAGAAUAUGUGACUGAAAAGAGGUGUGGCUGAGAAAGGGGUGUGGCCUUGUCUGAAAGGGGUGUGCUUGUGGGAGAGGAGUGGCCUGGGUGGAGAGGGGUGUGGCUAAGGGAGGGUGUGGCCAGGGCAGAGAGGGCGUGGCCGAGGAGGGGGCGUGGCUAGGGUAAAGAGGAUAUAUCACUGAGGGCCAGAUGGGGAGAUGUGGGGGGCCACAUUUGAGGGUCCCCAUCCUCGAUGUCAGACUGUACUGAGCGCACCCCUCCCUGCCUCCCCGCUCUUUUUCUUCCCCCUCCCCCAGCCCCACCUUCCAGGUGUUUUCGUGGCACACCUGCCUCCUGGGCAUCGUCUCCUGCCUGGUGAUGAUGUUCCUGAUCAGUGCGGCCGGCGCCUCUGGCAGCCUGGGGCUCAUGCUGCUGCUCCUGGGCUUCAUCCACCUGCGCUCCGCGGCUUCCUCCUGGGGCUACAUCAGCCAGGCCCUCAUCUUCCACCAGGUACCCUCCUUACACCUGCGUGGGUGUCUCCCUGGAGGGGAGCCCAGGGCUUCUCAGACAUCCUCCAGGGACAGUCUAAACUCCCAGCACACGUUGCUGCCUCUAGCCCAUAAUCGUUGCAGAGAUUUUGCUCUGUCACCUGUUACCUGGCUCAUGUUUACUCGUUUUUAAGACUUGAGAUGCCAUCAUGGACCUUCUGUAUGUGGAGCAAGUGCUCUGCCCAAUUCCCGGUGGUGGUGUUGCAUAGUGGUUAGAGUUUCAGACUAGGAUCUGGGAGAGAUGAGGGUUCAAAUUCCGCUGGGAAGCUCACUGGGCGUGACCAGACCCUCAGCCUAGCCCACCUCACAGGGUUGGUGUGAGGAGGAAAUUGGGGUGUAUGGGGAACUUAGCAUGCCAUCUUGAGCUCCUUGGAGAUAGAAAUGCAAUAAAUAAAAAUAAAUGCAAUAAAAAAAAAUAAAUGCAAUAAAAAUAAAUUAAUUCGGGGGCAGAGGGAGCUGCCUUGCACUGAGUCAGAACACAGGCCCACCUCCUUCAGUGCUGUCUGCACAGACUGGCAGCAGCGGCUCUGUGGGUCUCGGACACAGGCCCUUCCUGAUCCUCACUUGGCGAUGCUGGGGGUUGAACCUGAGACCUUCUGGAGGGAGCAGCGGCAAGUGGCCACAUUCGCCCGGUGCACCUAAAACACUAAGGCACCAAUUUAAACUGUCAUGGCUUCCCCCAAAGGAUUCUGGGAGCUGUGGCUUGUUACAGGCGCUGAGAUUUCUGAGGAGACCCCUUUAUUCCCCUCACACAAAGCACUAUAUAGUGCUGUUUUUCUAGAAAAAAAGAGGCGCUGGAACUCGCCAAGAACACCUCCCUUGUUCUCUCAAGGAUGGCAAUGGUGCCUACAUGAGAGGUGCCAGAACUGAUUUCCGGCAAGUUCCGUGUGAAAAAGAAGCCCUGGAUAUAUCUAGGCAGUCAUGGCUUCCCUCAAAGGAUUAUGGGAGCUGACGUUUGUGAAGGGAGCUGAGAGUUGUGAGGAGACCCCCUUAUUCCCCUCACAGAGAACACUAUGGUGCCCCAUUGAACAGUCAUGGCAUCCCCCAAAGGAUUCUGGGAGCUGUACUUUGUUAAAGAUGCUAAAAGUUGUGAGGAGAGCCACUAUUCCCCUCACAAAAGCGUACUACAGUAUACCACUUUAAACAGUCAUGGCUUCCCCCCAAAGGAUUCUGGGAGCUGAAGUUUGUGAAGGGAGCCGAGAGUUGUGAGGAGACCCCCUUCUUCCCCUCACAGAGCACACUAUCAUACUAGUUUGAACAGUCAUGGCUUCCCCCAAAGGAUUCUGGGAGCUGUGGCUUGUUACGGGUACUGAGAUUUCUGAGGAGACCCCUUUAUUCCCCUCACACAAAGCACUAUAUAGUGCUGUUUUUCUAGUAAAAAAGAGGCGCUGGAACUCGCCAAGAACACCUCCCUUGUUCUCUCAAGGAUGGCAAUGGCGCCUACAUGAGAGGUGCCAGAACUGAUUUCUGGCAAGUUCCAUGUGAAAAAGAAGCCCUGGAUAUAUCUAUGCAGUCAUGGCUUCCCUCAAAGGAUUCUGGGAGCUGUGGCUUGUUCACAGUGCUGAGAUUUCUGAGACCACUAUUCCCCUCACAGAGAGCACUAUGGUGCCCCUUUGAACAGUCAUGGCAUCCCCCAAAGGAUUCUGGGAGCUGUGACUUGUUCAGAUUGCUGAGAUUUCUGAGGAGAUCCCUAUAUUCCCCUCGCAGAGAGCACUAUGAUGCUUCUUUGAACAGUCAUGGCUUCCCCUAAAGGAAGAGACCCCUAGUCCCAUCACAGAGCUCACUAUGAUACCACUUUCAAUGGUCCUGGCGUCCCACAAAGGAUUCUGGGUGCUGUACUUUGUUAAAGAUGCUAAAAGUUGUGAGGAGAGCCACUAUUCCCCUCACAAAAGCAUACUACAGUAUACCACUGUAAACAGUCAUGGCUUCCCCCCAAAGGAUUCUGGGAGCUGAAGUUUGUGACGGGAGGCGAGAGUUGUGAGGAGACCCCCUUCUUCCCCUCACAGAGCACACUAUCAUACUAGUGUGAACAGUCAUGGCUUCCCCCAAAGGAUUCUGGGAGCUGUGGCUUGUUCAGAGUGCUGAGAUUUCUGAGGAGAGACCCCUAUUCCCCUCACAGAGAGCACUAUGGUGCUCCUUUGAACAACCAUGGCUUCCCCCAAAGGAUUCUGGGAGCGCUGCUUCAUUAACAGUGCUGAGGGUUGAGACCCCCUAUUAUUCCCCUACAAUUCCCUGGGGGAGACAGAUUGGUGGUUAAACUGCUCUGUUAGGAGUUUCGGCUGGGGAGGGCGGGAUAUAAAUAAAAUAUUAUUAUUAUUUAUUAUUAUCAGGGAGCUGUCCUCCACAACUUGACGGCUACCCCUCCACCUUCUCACUUUCCCCCUUUUCCACCCCCCUCCAAAACAGGUCCGGAAGUAUCUGCUCCUCCUCGAUAUCCGGAAGGAUCACGUCAAAUUCUGGCGGCCCCAGAUCCUCCUUAUGGUGGCCAACCCCCGGGGCAGCUCCCAGCUCAUGAAGUUUAUCAACCACCUCAAGAAAGGGGGCCUCUUUGUCCUGGGGCACGUGGAGAUCGGGGACCUUGGUAAGAGGGACACCCGGGGCGGAAGCGGAGGACAAGGGGCAGACGUCCAGACCACUUCCCAAACCAACGGCAAGGAAAAACUGGUCCUACGCUCGCUCAGCGCUGCGGUUCUGUGAAUCCGGCCCCCAGUUGCCCUACAGGCAGAGAGCCUCAGUGAAGGACAUGUGGCAAGCUAGGCAUUGUAGAACUAUAAUAAUAAUAUUAAAAAAUACAAGAAAGCAUCAGACAUUAAAAAAUUCCCUAAACGGGGCUGCCUUCAGAUGUCUUCUAAAAGUCAGGUAGCUGUUUAUUUCCUUGAAAUCUGAUGAGAGGGCAGGUGCCACCACCGAGAAGGCCCUCUGCCUGGUUCCCUGCAACCUCGCUUCUCGCAGGGAGGGAACCGCCAGAAGGCCCUUGGAGCUGGACCUCAGUGUCCAGGCUAAACAAUGGGGGUGGAGAUGCUCCUUCAGGUAUACAGGACCGAGGCCGUUUAGGGCUUUCAAGGUCAGCACCAACACUUUGAAUUGUGCUCGGAAGCAUACUGGGAGCCAAUGUAGGUCUUUCAGGACCGGUGUUAUGUGGUCUUGGCGGCCGUUCCCAGUCACCAGUCUGGCUGCUGCAUUCUGGAUUAGUUGCAGUUUCUGGGUCACCUUCAAAGGUAGAGCGCAUGGCAGUAGUCCAAGCUGGAGAUAACCAGAGCAUGCACCACUCUGGCCAGACAGUCUGUGGGCAGGGAGGGUCUCAUCCUGCGUACCAGAUGGAGCUGGCAGACAGCUGCCCUGGACACAGAACUGACCUGCGCCUCCAUGGACAGCGGUGAGUCCAAAACGACUCCCAGGCUGCGCACCUGGUCCUUGAGAGGUCCUUCAAAGGCCUUGCUGCCUCUAACUGGUUCCAUUCUCUUCUCCUCCUGUUGGUAACUUCCUGCCUGCCUUUUGUGGUUUUCCCUCUGCAGACACGAUGCCCUCUGACCCCAUCCAAGCCCACUACAACUUCUGGCUGAGCCUGGUGGACAAGCUGAGCAUCAAGGCCUUCGUGGACCUCACCCUCUCGCCUUCGGUCCGCCAAGGGACACAGCACCUCCUCCGGAUCACCGGCUUGGGUGAGGAAGGGAGGGGGCACAGAGAGAGAGAGAGAGAGAGAGAGAGAGAGAGAGAGAGAGAGAGAGAAGCCCCAGAAUGACCUGGGUCUCUAGUCCACUCACCUGCACAUAAUAAUAAUAAUAAUAAUAAUAAUAAUAAUAAUAUCCUGCCCAUCUGGCUGGGUUUCCCCAGACAGUCUGGGCGACUUCCAACAGAACACUAAAACCAGAAUAAAACAUAUCAAACAUUAAAAACUUCCCUAAACAGGGCUGCCUUCAGAUGUCUUCAGAAGACAUGCCUUCAGAUGUCUUCUAAAAGUCAGGUAGCUGUUUAUUUCCUGGACAUCUGAUGAGAGGGCGGGUGCCACCACUGAGAAGGCCCUCUGCCUGGUUCCCUGCCAACCUCGCUUCUCACAGGAAGGGAACCACCAAAAGGCCCUCGGAGCCGAAUGAUGAGGGGUGGAGACGCUCCUUUAUUUAUUUAUCUGAUUUAGAGCAUUUGUGGCUUACACUUCAGACAUAAAAGGCUUUCCGUAGCAGGCUUAACAAGGCAGUCCUUCUCCUCACAGGCUUACAAUCCCAAGAGCUAUGGGUGCUGUGUUGGCCUCAUCCUGUCCCAGUCCAACACUCUAACCUCUGCAUCCCUCUGGAUCUGUUGUUUGGUAUGGUAGAAGGAGAGAGUAGCUGCUGCUGCUGCUGCUGAGCUCAGCUCCUGCUUGCGGUCUCCCCAGAAGAGGCAUCUGGUUGGACACCCAGAAAACAGGAGGGUGGGCUGGUUAGGACCCCUUUGAGCUGAUCCAGCAGCGGGGCUCUUCCUAGCUUCUCAUAUAAGGCACCCAACCCCCUUCUACUUACCGUAUUUUUCGUCCUAUAGGGCGCACCGGCCCAUAGGACGCACCUCGUUUUUUUGGGGGGGGAAUGAAUAAAAAAAAAUUAUUCCCCCCCCCCGCCACGGCUGCCGCCCCAAGCCUUGCACACACCUGCCCGAAGCACGGGGAGCCCACCGGAGGGCUCCCAGGGCGUCGGGCGACAGGCUGCCGCCCCAAGCCGCGCGCGCCCGGCGGGACCUCCUGCCGGGUGCGCAAGGCUUCAGACACUCGCCCGAGCACAGGCAGCCCUCCGGAGGGCUCCCCAUGCUUCGGGCGACAGGCUGCCGCCCCAAGCCUCGCGCACCCGGCGGGACCUUCUGCCGGGCACGCAAGGCUUGCGGACACUCGCCGGGGCUGCAGGCUGCUGCCCACAAGCCUUGUGAGCCCACGGGACCUCCCGCCGGGCUUGCAAGGCUUGCGGAUAGCUUCCUGAAGCCUGGAGAGCGAGAGGGGUCGGUGCGCACCGAUUCCUCUCGCUCUCCAGGCUUCAGCGAAAGCCUGCAUUCGCCCCAUAGGACGCACACACAUUUCCCCUUCAUUUUUGGAGGGGAAAAAGUGCGUCCUAUGGGGCGAAAAAUACGGUACUACAAACCAGCAUUGUUAUUGUUAAUACUUUAUUUAUUACCAGCAAGUCCCAGGGCGGGUUACAACUAUUUAAAAUUCAGAAUUAAAAAUAGUUUAAAAAAACAUUCAGCUGCAUGAAUCCUUUCAAUUGCAGUUGGUUCUGAUAGGAACUUCCAACUUCUCGGAACUGGUGCCUACGCUUACAUUUUUCCUUCUCCCCCCACGUCCCUUUUUCCUUAUGUGUUAUGUCUUUUUGGGACGGGUUGACUACUGACCUAUGUAAGUCACGGUGGCUGUGCUCCUCCACCUCCACAGUCAGAGGCAGCAUUGCUUCUGAAUACCAGUUGCUGGAAACUUCAGGAUGGGAAAAGCGCUCGAAUCCAGCUUGCGGGUUUCCCAUAAGAGAAAAGAGAGGGAGAAGACUCCCCAGUCCCGUACAAAGAGCUGUGUACUUAGAGGCAGCCCCAAAAUAUACCCUUCAAUCUCUUAUCUUUUGAUACGAUAAUCUUUAUUGCCGUUGUCCCAUACAGAACAAUGAAAUUGAAAAAAUCUACAUCAGACAUUCAAAAACCAACAAGCCUGCUAUCCCAGCCUGUUUAGCCCCCUAAAAACUCUGAUACCCCAUAAUUAAAUACAAUAUACUCCCACAGAGACUACCUUACACUGCGUUUAAAAACAAAAUCGCAUUUGGAUAGAAACUGUUUCUCAGGUGGCUAGUCCUAGUCUUUAUAACCCUGUACCUUCUUCCAGAAGGCAGAAGCUGAAAGAGAUCAUUUCCGGGGUGCGCACUAUCCUGCGCUAUCUCUGCAGCUUUCUUACGGCACCUGGAAACAUAGAUUUGAUCCAAGGUGGGAAGAGUGCACCCAAUUAUUCUCUCCGCACUCUUUAGAACCCUGGAUAGCAUUGUUUUUCCCCUGACCGUGCAGCUCCCAAACCACACACACAGACCAUAAGUUAAUACACUCUUAGCAGUACAGUGGUAAAAUGCCAUCAACAGGUUCUUUGAGAUAUUAUUUUUCCGGAGGAUUCUCAGAAAAUAUAAUCUCUGCUCUUUCACCCUCCAUCUUUGAACCUGGCAAGGUGUCUGUCUCCCAAGCCCACAAACUGACCUCAACUUUGCUUGUGUGUGUGUGCCUUUUCCUCCACAGGAGGGAUGAAACCCAACACUUUGGUCCUUGGCUUCUACGACGACUGCGUCCCGGAGGAUUACUUCCUGCAAGACCCGGCCUUCAGCCAAGCGCGGGAGAACGACGAGUUCGGCGUGGACCUGCCGGCCCUCCAGGCCCACUUCCCGCCGGUGAGGGAGGCGGAGAGCCAGCGGGCCUUGAGACCCUCCGAGUACGUGGCCAUCAUCUCCGACGCGGUGAAGAUGCACAAGAACGUCUGCCUGGCGCGCUACUUCCACCUCCUGGAGAAGGACCUGCCGCCCUCGUCUUCGUCGACCUCUUCCAAGCGGCGCUUCGAGGGCCGCUACAUCGACGUGUGGCCCCUCAACCUCCUGCGCCCCAACUCGCCCACCUACGUGGACAUCUGCAGCCUCUUCCUCCUGCAGAUGGCCUGCAUCCUCACCAUGGUCAGCUCCUGGAAGGCCGCGAGGCUCCGCAUCUUCCUCUGCGUGGAGUCGGGAGACGUGGGCUGGGUCAGCAAGGAGGAGAAGCUGAGGGAGCUCUUGACCAAGCUGAGGAUCAAGGCCACCAUCAAGAUCGUCACGUGGGACCAGGUGGUGGCCCUCCACGGCCACCCCCAGCAUGACGCGGGGCCCCAGGGGGACCCCGAGAGGCCGGACCCUCCCUCCGGGGCCGAGAAACCGGCGAGAGAGACCUACCUGAACGCCGCCACCUUCCAGGUGACCGACGAGUACUUGGCCUCGGUCAACGACCUACUCUUGAAGCAAGGGGGGCAGACGGCCGUCCGCUUCCUCUACCUCCCGCGCCCCCCGGCCGACACCUCGCAGUACGAGCGCUACCUGGAGCAGCUGGCGAUCCUGACCACAGACCUGGGGCCCACUCUGCUCAUCCACGGCCUGACGCCCGUCACCUGUACGGAGCUCUGAGGAGGACCUGGCGGGGGCAGAGGGGUGGAAAAUCUAGGUGGUUUUGUUUCUGUUUCUGUUUUGUUUUUUUUUACAAAAGAAAUAAGGUGCCUUGUCUCUCGAGUGAAGUGAGUGGUGAGAAAAUUUGCCCUGGUGGUUUUGGAGAGGUGGCUUUGGAAAGGGGCAGAGAGGACCUUGCAAGUCCCGGGUGGAUUUUGGGAGUCUUGAGUGAAUGCCCAGCAAGCUUGAAGGGGGCGGAGAGAGAGGUUUGGCAGGGGCUGCUUCUUUUUAUGUUUUUAAGGAGAAUGUUCUUAAGGAGACGGUUCGGGAAUGCCUUCAUAGCUGAAACAUGUAGCAGAGGCCUUGGACCAUCAGAAUCUGUUAGACAGGGCAGUUCUUGCACAUAUAUAUUUCCCUUGCAACCUGUCCUUUGCAAGCUGCUCCAUCAGGAUUCAUAUGAGACGCACAGACCGGUUUCCCAGGCACAUCGAUGCUCUUCCGCCUGCCAUGAAUUCUUCUCCCGCACAGACACCUCCUCAGGGAAAACGAAGGCAGUGCCCCAACACUAGCAAUAGGGUGGCCUUUUUGCUGCUAGGCUCGUAAGAUUUGCUCCUUCAGGCAACGCCCCUGCAGCCUUACUCCUGAAAUUAGAAAUGGUGGAUUGGGCCCCCAGUCCACUUGUUCAGCGCAUGCUACCUUGACUCUAGGGCCACAUUCGCACCAUCCAUUUAAACCGCGGUGAUAUCACUUUAAACAGGUAUGGCUUCCCCGGAAGAAUCCUGGGAUCUGCGGUUUGUUAAGGGGGCUUAGAGUUGUUGGGAAACCCCCUAUUACAAACACACACACACAAACAAACUUCAGUUUUAACAAUCAGCCCCUCUUCCCAGGGAACUCUGGGAGUUGUAGCCCUGGGAGACGGGGAUCAACAGCUCUCAGCACCCUUAAAAAAAAACUACAGCUCCCAGAGUUCUUUCGGGGAACCCAUGACUGUUUAAAGUGGUUUUUUUUAGUGCUUUUAGCUGCCCGGGGCGAGUGUGGCCCGAGACCCGAACACAGAAGUUACUUGACACUUUUCCGACUUCCACAAGGCAUCGUUUGAAUGUGUGGGUGUGUAUGUGUGUUAAGGGGUCUCUCUAGGACACUGGGUCAGCCCUGCGACCCAGACUACUGGCAGGGUGGUCCCCUGCCAUCGUUUGAGAGGCCAUGUCCCUUUCAGGACGAAGGUGAAACUUCUUCCUUACACAUGAAUCUAGACCCUGAGGAUGCUUCCCUCAUUCCACUCCCUUUGAUAGCUGCCAUAUUGCUUUGUUUGCCCUCCCCGUUUUAAAAGUCAUUCCUCACCUUCCCCAACCUGGCGCCCCCCCCCCAAAUAUUUUGGAAAAUAUCUCCAGCCAGGAGCUGUAAUCCAAAAUUUCUGGAGGAUGCUAUAAGUUGGAAAAGGCUUUCGACUGUGUUGAGUGGAAGAUGAGCUUUGUUCAUUACAUUCCCCAGUCAGGAGGGGGCCGUCUCCCCCAUCCCUGCCAUUAACCCAGCUAACCAUAGAGAACAGGCUAUUUUUAAAGCGAGUUGUUCCUAAAUCGGGACUCCCCAAAUAUUUCCUAACACCCUCGUUGCCCCAAAGGUGCUUCUACUAAUUGUUUACUGGCCGACUUAAAUGUUUUAUUUUUUUGUGCCUCUUUAGCUGGACAGCCACUGGGGUGGGGGUGUUUGUGGUCCCCCUUUUGGGGGCUAAAUAUGUGCUUUUGGGUACUAACACUAACAGGGCUUGAGGGGAGAGAGGAGGUGGGGUGAUUUCUACUUUUUAGUGACCGCUGCAAUAAAAGUGAAAGUGCAAGAACAGAUGGCGUGUUGUGUCUGGGGUUUAUUUGGGGGGGGGGUGAGGUCUUUGGGAACACCUCUUCUCCAAACUGGGUCUGAACUGGGGGUAAUGGACCAGGAGCAAGACUUUGGGGUCGCAACAGGCGGGUUUGAUGAUGUCGACCCAGAGUGUGGUGGCUGUGAAAAAUGUGAAUUCCAUGCUAGGGGUUGCUAGGAAGAAAGGGAGUGAAAAUAAAUCUGCCGAUACCAUAGUGCCAUUAUAGAAAUCUGUGGUGUGGCUGCAUUUAGAGUCCUGUGUGCAGUUCUGGUCAAAAGGAUAUAUCCUCAAAAAGGAUAUUGUAGGGUUGGGGAAAGUUCGGAAAAGGACCACCAGAAUGAUCAAAAGGCUGGAGCAGCUCCCCUAUGAAGAAAGAUUGCAGUGUCUGGGCUUUUCUGAUUAGAGAAAAGGCGAGGAAGUGGUGGCAUUAUAGAAAUUUAUUUAUGAAAUAAUUCAUGAUACAGAGAAAGAGGGGACAGAGAAACAUUUUCCGCCCUCUUCUCCUUUUCACUACCUUUUUUCACUUCCAUGCCAACCUCCAUUAUAAAAAUAACACAGAUCAAACCUUACCCCGUCCCUUCUCAAACAGUAUUUCAGGAUUCCUAUUAUCACGGAGUCGUAGAGUUGGAAGGGACACCCAGCGGUCAUCUAGUCCAACCCCGAUAGUUUCUUCAAAAUGCAAUAUAUUAUACAAACAGGAAAGAGAAUCUUAUAUUGAACGUGUAAGCAAAUGACUCCAUUAAUUAGAUCUGCGCUGCAUUUUUCCCCUUUAUUUGAGAUGGACUAAUCUUUAUAAUACAAGGAUAAGGGAUUUGCAGGGCAGAAUUAUUAUUUUUUAAGUCGUGUUUUCCACAUGAAAUAAAUCAAGAGUUGAAUUAG